AUGGCUUCUUGGGCUCGCCUGGACCCAGCCACCUGGCCCAGACAUCUUGUCGUGGGCAGGCUUGUCUACGGCAAGUCCCUCACAGGUGCUGCCCACUGCACCAUGGAGGACUACAUCAUCCCAGAUGCAAAACUGGGGGCACAGCUCCUGAACAUCGUCAUGGUCGAGAGAGGGAAGUGCUCGUUCACCACCAAGGUGCGGGUUGCCGAGGCAAAGGGCGCGCAUGCCGUUCUCUUCGUCGAUCGGAAAGAGUCCAACUUGCAGGCUGAAGACCUCUCAAGCAUCAUCCUGGGCGACGACGGCAACGGCGCCGGCAUCACAACCCCGUCCAUCCUCAUCUCGCGGAAAGAUGGAGAGCAACUCCUCAACGCUGCGGAGUACGGCGAGGUAAUCCUCCAGCUCGCAUGGAGCCUGCCAACCGACAACGUGGUCCAGCUGGACAUGUGGAUGAGUUCAGGCUCCCGGCCGAACAUGCAAUUCAUGAGCGACUUUGCCGCCAAGCGGAGGGUGCUCAAUGAGUUCAUGAUCUUCAAGCCGCACUAUGCCAUCUUCAGCUUGGAGACUGGCGGCAACUCCUCCCGCAGCUGCUGGGACAAGGAACAUGCCUACUGUGCCGAGGAGGCAGAUGGAGGGCAUGUGAGCGGCAGGGAAGUCUUGGAGGAGGAUGUGCGGCAAUUUUGCCUGCACGAGAUGACCCAGGCUCCAAGAUCACAGCGACCAUCCCAGUAUGCAGCGAAGUACUGGGAUUACAUGGAGAGAUUUGCAGCAAGGUGCCUGUUGGGCACCCGGUGGAGGGACACCACGUUCGGAGACACAAUGUUCGGGGAGAUGUGUUCAUUCGGGCUCAUGCGCGAACUGGGAAUCGAUGCAGAUUCUGUUCGCCGUUGUGCUUUGGCAAGGACGGAGGUGGUGUUGCGCCAGCAACUGGAGGAGCAGGCCUGGUCUCCGAGCGCCAUUCGUGUGAACGGAUGGCGUUUUGCAGGCGACCCAAGCCCAGACCAGGUUUUCCGUGCAGCCUGUUCGGGCCUCGUCCAUGCACCUUCACAAUGCGACGAGACUCACGAGACCAGUGGCACGCUGUCCUUCCGUGAUGUGGUCGAUGCAGCUUUGACACUUGGCAACCUCACCCUUGCCAUCCUGGACAAGGCAGCUGCGCUACACUCACUGCACACAAGCAGGCAUGAAGUCAAGCAGAGUCGAGGUCCGAAGCCGGGCCCCCUGCGCACCCCGGAUGUCCAGGACCUCGCCCCACAUGUCCAGGUCCUCGCUUCUCAGCCCUCGAGCGAGCCUUCCUUGCCAUCAACCCCAGCGACCACUGCUGUGACCGACCGGCCUUUCACCACAGCUCCAGGCAUGGAUGCAAACCACCAAGGAUCCGUGCAGAAACCUUGGCGGCUGGAUUCGCACUCCAUGUUGCCCUUUGCGAUUGGGGCUUCCUUGGGAUUGCUUGCUAUCCUGUCGUUCGCAGGCGGCUGGCUUCUCGGCUUUUUGCGUGACGCCCGGUCGCGUGGAUUGGACGCAUCUUCGGAGAUGUCUGUUUAUGACCUCCAUCAGGACGCAUGA